AUGACACAAUUGCUGCAUGCGACAAGUUUAUCCAACUGGACACUGAGUCUUGUGCUUGGUGCAGCUGCUGCACUACGAAGUGGAUCACAGGCUGGAUACGUGGAUGAGCUUCCCUUUUGCGACGUGCUAUUGACUUUUACGAAUCGUUUGAUUGAAAAUGGAUUAUCUGGCACAAACGUCGUGAUUGGACUUGAUACACGGUGGAUACGGAUGAUGAUCAUGUCAUUUCAUACGCGACGUAUGCCUUACAGCUAUAUUCUGUUGGAUGGGAAGACCUUUGUGCCCAAAUGUAUCAAUGAAGAGGAUCCACAGGAGUAUCUUCCAAAUGGCCGAUGUCUUAUGACUCCAGAACCUCGUUGUCCUAUCCUCCCCAACAUGUUUUAUUCUUUGGUGACCGAUUAUCAGCACACGGAUGGAAAGGCGUUUAAGGCAGUGCAUCGACCUGAAUGUAUCCUCCGACAAGAAAUCGAUGGGCGUGCUAUUGAGUUUUUAUCAGAUGACCUCACAAAGCGCCUUCGUGGUAUUACCAAUCUGCAGGCAAUCAAGUUGUGCGCCGAAAUGAUCGAUAGCAUGUGUGACAAGGUGGUGAAAAGUGACGAAACAAACGAAUGGGAUCGACGUAUUAUUGAUCGGAUACGGCUAUUGACUUUCCAAUCGGAUGAUGCUAUCCUGACGCUGCUAAGAAAAGACACCAUGCACCCCAAUGAAUUGAUCAAAAAGCUAUCAGCGAGCGAGGAUGAUGAGGAUCAGGAAGAUGCUACACGACGUAAUGAAACCAUGGAUCGUAUUCAUUCUCGUAUCCCAGCCAUGCUUGAACGGCUCAAACUCAAUGCAUUCGAUGUACCUGGUGAAUCAACGCCCUAUUCAAUCUACGACGUGUCACGUGCAUUCAUCAUUUACUUUGGCAUUGUACGCGCUGUUAAAAUGUCACGACGCAUCUAUGAAGAACAAGCACUGAUUGCCAUGGGAUACAAUAUUGCAGUGGCGCAUGAAUUGAUAAGCGACGUAUCGGAUCUACCAGCACCGCUCCAAGUUGGCUAUUCUUCAGGGCUUGUGAUUGAGAGCACUUCAAGGUCACGACUUGCCGAUAUCCAGCCUAAAGAUGUCCAUAUCUUUUACACGCUAUUUCUCGAGUUGAUGAUCUCCAUUGGUAUCAUGUUCCUUAGUGGUAUGGGUCCUAUCACAUGCAUGUAUGUGGGCCGCUUGUUGACGGCGCGCUAUCGUGGAAGCGCAUUGAAGAUGGGUACAAGUCUUAAUUGGUCCGUGGGUCGUGUUCAACUCGCCUUUACGGGUUCAGCAAGAGAUGAUUGGAUGGUGUGUAUCACGCCUGUCAAGAAUCGUACGUUUCGUAUCGUCUUGUUCACUAUCCUCGUUUACCUUGCUUCGAUCGUGCCUAUCGCUGUUUGGCCCUUGAUUCAUCCCCAAUUUUCCGAAAUCAACGAUCUUGGCUCAAGUAUUUGCUACAUCAGCUUCUUGUUUGGCUUCUUUUGGAUUUUAGCCACUGAAUCUAUGCAAGAACACGCUCAAGGUUUGCGAUCUUUGGCAUGCACAAUCCUCGUUGCCCUUCUUCCUAUAACGGUAUUCAUGGGCUGGCAGCAGGAAUGGAUUUACUUGUAUCUUUUCGAAUUCAUUUACGGUUUGCAAUGGGUCUAUGGCGCUGUCAACGAGAAAUGGUUAUACCAAGGUUCAUCUCUCUUUAUGUUGGGUGUUGUUGGUGCAUUGCGCUUAAGCAAUCUCGUCGAUAUCCUGUGGUAG